CCUUUAAAACCUCAUAACAUCCACCUUCUUGUUGUCAGUCGUGAUCUCCGGCUAUUAAUCAUGUACAGGGUAGCAAGCGCAUCCGAGUAUUUAGUCAUCACCGGAUUCGGGAUCGAUGACAUCAAAAUCGCCAAGAAAGCAUGGGUACUUCCUGGCCAAUCCUACUCCGUUUUCGACAUCUCUCCGGUCAACUACACCUUCGAAGUCAUGGCCAUGAGUGCUGAGAAGCUCCCCUUCAUCCUCCCUGCCGUUUUCACUAUCGGUCCACGAUCCGAUGACGACCACAGCCUCAACAAAUACGCCAAGCUCAUCUCCCCUCACGAUAAGUUAUCGCAUCAUGUCAAUGAACUUGUCAAGGGGAUUAUUGAGGGCGAGACACGUGUCCUUGCUGCCUCCAUGACCAUGGAAGAGAUCUUUAGAGGAACCAAGGAGUUUAAGCAGGAGGUGUUUGAGAAAGUUCAGUUGGAACUGAAUCAGUUCGGGUUGUGGAUUUACAAUGCGAACGUUAAACAGUUGGUGGAUGUUCCUGGGCACGAGUAUUUCUCGUAUUUAGGACAAAAGACGCAGAUGGAAGCCGCUAAUCAGGCGAAAAUUGAUGUCUCUGAAGCCAAGAUGAAGGGUGAAAUAGGAGCGAAGCUUCGAGAAGGACAAACACUGCAGAACGCGGCUAAGAUUGAUGCGGAAACAAGGAUCAUAUCGACGCAGAGGCAAGGCCAGGGGAAGAAGGAAGAGAUAAAGGUGAGGACGGAGGUGAAGGUGUUUGAGAACGAAAGGGAGGCUGAGGUGGCAGAAGCAAAUGCUGAGCUGGCGAUGAAGAAAGCGAAGUGGGCCAAAGAUUCACAGGUGGCGGAGGUGGAGGCAACUAAGGCGGUGGCGCUUAGGGAGGCCGAGCUGCAGAAGGAGGUUGAGAUCAUGAACGCGUUGACUCAGACCGAGAAACUUAAGGCUGAGUUCUUGAGCAAGGCGAGCGUUGAGUAUGAAACCAAGGUACAAGAGGCGAAUUGGGAGCUUUACAAGAAACAAAAAGCCGCAGAAGCAAUUUUGUAUGAGAAAGAAAAAGAAGCAGAGGCUCAAAAGGCGACAGCCGAGGCCACCUUCUACGCGCGUCAACAAGUUGCAGAUGGUGAACUAUACGCAAAACAAAAAGAAGCUGAAGGUCUAGUUGCCCUUGCACAGGCACAGGGGACAUACAUAAGGACCCUUUUAGGUGCAUUGGGGGGUAACUAUGGUGCGCUAAGAGAUUAUUUAAUGAUCAAUGGUGGAAUGUAUCAAGAGAUUGCUAAGAUUAACGGGGAGGCGAUCAAGGGGUUGCAGCCUAAGAUUACUAUUUGGACUGGUGCAGGUGGUGUUGGGGACGGGGGUGAUGGUCAAGGUGGUGCUAUGAAGGAGGUUGCCGGGGUGUACAAGAUGUUACCGCCAUUGUUUAACACGGUUCAUGAACAAACUGGAAUGUUGCCACCAACUUGGAUGGGGAAGAUCACUGAAUCCUAAAGGUAGGAUAUUCUCAUAUGGAAUUCUGAGUUCAAGUCAUUAGUUUAAUUAUGGUCUAAUGGUGUGAAUAAGAUUAUAUGAUCGUUAAACUGUGAGUUGGUGUAUUAUAAUUAUGUGAAUAAGAUUAUAUGUGGUGGUGCUUGUAUAUUUUGGUUGAAACUGUUUACUUAAGUUAUGUAAACAUUGUAACAUACUAGUAUUUGUUAUUUGUUGAA